UGGCUCUCCAGUUCUAUACCUGUUCAAUAAAAGCUGCUGCGGUCUGAAACAAUCGCUGAGCUUCCAGUCGCUGCUGCAGUCGUUUAUUCGGUUAAAUACAGAAGGCAGUCGAAUAAUCGGCGCUCGGAGGUAGCGCGAGCUCUGUGUUUUUUAUUAGUUUUUUUUUUUUUAAUAAUAGCGUCUUAAAAAAAAAAAGGGCAAACAAACAAAAAAACAGAUUUUCCUGUGGCAGUUUGUGUUUUCUUUCUCCCCCCCUCAGCCGUCAUGGCUCUUCUGAUGGAGCACCAGUUCAAGCAGCUCCCAGCGGACAGACAGGUGGAAACACGGCCCUUCCUCGAGGCGGUCUCCUACCUGCCGCCCUUCUUCGACUGUCUCGGCUCCACUGUUUUUGCCCCCAUUAAGGCCGACAUCGCUGGGAACAUAACCAAAAUCAAGGCAGUGUACGACAGCAACCCGAGUCGAUUUAAGACACUGCAGCAGAUCCUGGAGGCUGAGAAGGAGAUGUACACGGCCGAGUGGCCCAGAGUAGGAGCUACACUCUCCCUCAUGUGGCUCAAAAGGGGUCUGCGCUUCAUUCAGGUCCUCCUGCAGAGUUUAGUGGACGGUGAGAAGGAUGAGAACAACCCCAACCUGAUCCGAGUGAACAUCACUAAAGCCUAUGAGAUCUCGCUGAGAAAAUACCACAGCUGGUUCGUGCAAAAACUCUUCAAAGCGGCGAUGUAUGCUGCACCGUAUAAGUCGGACUUCCUGAAGGCGCUAUCUAAAGGGCGGGAGGUUAAAGAGGAGGACUGCCUGGACAAAGUGCGCCAGUUUCUUAUCAACUUCACCGCCACCAUCGACGCCAUCUACGAGAUGUACACCAAGAUGAACGCCGAGCUCGAGUACAAAGCCUGAGCUGUGGUUCUGCCUUCUGAUCGGCUCUCAUCAGACCGAUCUG